ACCAAGCCACCCUAGUAGAGCAAGUGAAACGAGUGAAAGAAAUUGAAGCUAUUGAAAGUGACUCCUUUGUUCCACAGACAUUCAGAUCAAGUAAAGAAGUCAAAAAGUCAGUAGAGCCUACUGAACUACAAUAUGAACCUGUAACCGUCGGAGCGGGAACCGUUGAUGCAUCUGCUCCUGAAAAAGAACCACCACCUGCCAAUAUACCUACUGCCAUCAAAUAUCAAGAUGAUAAUUCCUUAGCACAUCCGAAUCUGUUUAUCGAGAAGGCAGAAGCAGAAGAGAAGUGGUUUCAGAGGCUGAUUGCUCUUCGGCAAGAAAGGCUGAUGGGCAGUCCGGUGGCCUGAGCGAACUGCUGUGACCAUCGCAUACCAGUACUCCAGGACUGCUAAGAAAUCCUACCAUUACAUUGUUUUAUUUUUCUCUUGUGAGGGGAUUUUAAUAUUCAGUAUGAGUUGUACAGAGAAUAAAUAUUUCAUCUGAAUAAAAAAGAAUGUUCUAUCCUCCAUUUUUCUCCCAAACUCAUUGCUGGAUGACUUGUAUGGCUCAGCUACCUGCUGUAGAUGGGAAGGCUAUCAGAGCAGUGUAAUUUUCCUUUUUUGCACUGGAUUCCUCUGGAGUGCAAAAAACCUGACAGCCCAAGGAGACGUAAUUUUAUACCUCCCAAUCAAAAAAAUAUAUAUAACCAUGUAGCAGCUUAAAGAUAAAUGAAUAAGACUGU